UUGACUAUAUAAACCGAGGAACAUGCAUCAGUCACACAAUCACAUUCUUAUCUUCCUUUGCUUAACUCAAAUUAUCAUCAUUAGUAACCCAUAACUAUUCAUUAUUCUAAGCACCUUCUUAACCCCUUAAUUAGUCCGUGAAUAACAAAUUAAACCUUCUAAUAAAAACAUAAAACUACACAGCAAUGUUUAAAAGCAAAAGCAGCAAAACCACCCCUCAACAACAAGAAGGGGCCAAUCCACCCAUCAAGUUUCUAGGCGUUCGACGACGUCCAUGGGGCCGUUACGCGGCAGAGAUACGAGAUCCUUCCACGAAAGAGCGACAUUGGCUAGGAACAUUCGAUACAGCUGAGGAAGCUGCAUUGGCUUACGAUAGAGCGUCUCGGUCCAUGCGAGGCCCUCGUGGUCGGACCAACUUUGUCUACUCAGACAUGCCUCCUGGCUCCUCUGUUACGUCCAUCAUGUCUCCUGAUGAACAACAUCAAAACCACAACCACGAGAAGGUUCAGAACCACACUCAUCAGCCGGAGUUUUCGCUUUCGACUAGUAAUGACUACGGCUACACGGCGGUUUCGAAUGCGCAGUUUUGGUCGUCUUCUUCUUCAUCAUCAUACCAGGAUAAUAAUGCUACAUUAUAUAGCUUUAAUACUGGUACUAAUGAUGAUACUAAUAGUUAUAUUAUUAAUAAUAAUGAUGGGUAUUAUGGUAAUAGUAAUGAUGUAGAGUUACCACCUUUACCUGAUCAGUUUACUGGUGAGUUGGGCCAGGGUUCUUGGGCUGACCCGACAGUUGGUGCGGAUUAUAUGGGCUUUGACUCGACUAAUGCAGGCUAUGUACAUAGCCCAUUGUUUAGUUCUAUGCCUCCUGUUGACCAUGGGCUUGACCCAUUCAAUCUGGGCUCGUCUUCUUAUUUCUUUUAAAAUUGUUUCUGAAAAAAAAAAAA